AUGGCUUUGACGAAUCUUGUUCGCCGCCUUGAGCUACCGCGUGGCUCGCAGUUUAUUAAUGAAGAUGUUAGACCAGUAGCGAGCGAAAGAAGAACAUGGACGUUUCUAACGUUCCAUAACUUUUGGCUCUUGAUCAAUUGCAACAUUGCUACCUACUUGACUGGUAGCGCUCUUAUUCCUCUAGGCUUGACGUGGUGGCAGGCGAUUAUUGCCAUUGUGUUGGGUAAUAUCCUCGCGACAGCUGCACUGAUUCUUGCUUCUUUGGCGGGUGCUUAUUAUCACAUUGGCUUUCCUGUUUUCAGUCGGGCGGUUUGGGGUAUUUGGGGUUCUCAAUUCGUCAUCUGGAAUCGCAUCUUUCUCUCUCUUGUCUGGUAUGGCUUCCAGUCAUGGGUUGGCGGACAAUGCGUCUAUCUCAUGCUCCUGUCAUGGGAUCCGUCCCUCGAAAACCACAUCCCUAAUACGAUCCCUGCCUCGACGGGUAUGACAUCGGCCCAGUUCUUGUCGUACUUUAUCUUUUGCGUCGUUACGCUCCCGUUCCUCUGGAUCCGACCGCACAAGAUACAAAAGUUCUUUUACUUUGCUAGCUCAAUCACCCUCGUCUUCUUCGUGGUGCUAUUGGUAUGGGCCCUCGCGACCAUGGGGUCUGAUGGCUUUGGCGACACCAUCAGCGACAGCACACCUCUUCCGACGACUGGUGGACCGAAUAGCGUUACUUGGUUGUUGAUCUCGGGUAUCAUGUCGACGGUUGGAGGUAUCGCGGCGGGCAUUCUCAAUCAGAACGAUUAUGCGCGUCUUGCUAGACAACCUGGUGCUGCUAUUUGGGGACAGACUUUUGCUUUCCCCUUGUACAGCAUUGGCGCCUCUGUUAUUGGCAUUUUGGUUACGGCUGCUACGCAAAAACGAAUGGGCGAAGCCAUCUGGAACCCUCCUACAUUAUUCGCAGCCAUGUUGAUCAAGGAUCCAACAUCUGGCACACGGGCUGCCGUAUUCUUUGCUGGUCUCGCCCUUUCCAUCUCUCAAAUGGGUAGCAACUUGCCAGGCAACGCACUCUCUGGCGGUAUCGACUUGGCCUCUGUUUUCCCCAGGUACAUCAACAUCCGUCGCGGCGCGUACCUGAUGGCUCUCCUCAGCCCCAUCGUCAACCCCUGGAGACUUGUCAACACAGCUACCGUCUUUCUCACGGUCCUCUCCGGUUACAGUGUCUUCUUGGCACCCAUGACGGGUCUCAUGGUAGCCCACUACAACUUGGUGGCAAAGGGGAAGAUCAACGUCGAUCACCUCUAUGUGGGCCACAGCGAGAGCAUUUAUUGGUACAAGGCGGGUAUCAAUUGGCGUGCAUUUGCAGCGUGGAUUGUAGGUGUCAUUCCACUGAUGCCGGGUUUCAUCGCAGCAGUGAACCCAUCUGUUCACGUCUCAGACGGAGCGACUGAGUUGUAUAGACUCAAUUAUCUCUUUGGUUUCAUGAUGAGCGCAGUCGUGUAUCAUGUCCUUCACUUGGUUGUGCCAGAACAGAAGCUGGACGACUUCAUCAAGGAUGGCACAUCUGCCAAGGACACGCAGCAGAUGUACCAUGAUCGCUGGAACAUGCCCUACACAGAGGGCGAGCCAGGGAGCCAGGAACACAUCAUACCGCACAGCAAGGGACCCAACUCCUUGGCGACUGUCGCGACAUCUUGUUAG